GAAGCUCUCUUGAAAGAAAUUCACCAAAAUUGUUUGCGGUCACACAGCAUCAACUAAUUAGUUAUUGGUAAAAAAUUUACAAGUCUUUUUGUUUGAUGAUAUUUGAAAGCGCCCGUAAAAGUAUAGAUCCCGUAAACAAGAGAGUUAAUUCGUUCAAAACUUCGGACAGUCCUAGCCUUUCUUUAAAAGUAAAAAUGCUCUUAUAGGAGCUGUAAACAUGGAAUCAAUUAAAUAAGAAAUUAAAACGGGAUGAUAAACGAGAUCUCAUACGUCAUUUAUUAAUAAGAGUAUAUUUCAUAAAAAAAGAGCUAUUCGAAUAAUCUAAAAAUAUUUUACUAAUGCGUUAGAUUUUUUAAAGCUGAGUAUUUAAAAUAAAAUGGCAGACCUUCUGCAGCUGACUAGUAUUGAUGUUAUUCAGAAAGAAACACCCGACUCUCCAACGGAAUUCUCAGACGAUGGACACUUAACAACCUUGGGAGGAAUGGGAGGGUUAGGUGUUGGAGUUACUGGUGUAAUGGAUUUAUCUGAUUUGGGACAAGAAUUGGAUCAGGAUGAGUUUGAUGGACUCCAUAUGCUAAAUGGUGAACGACCGGCAAUCAUUGCACCUCCUGAGAGUGAAUGGUAUCACGGGCGACUGGAUCGGUACUCAGCAGAAUUGCGAUUGCGAGGAAGCAGUAAAUUAGGAAGUUAUUUGGUUCGCGAAAGUGACAGAAAACCAGGUUCUUAUGUUUUAAGUUAUUAUGGGCGCACCGGGAUAAACCAUUUUCGGAUCACUGCUGUAUGUGGAGAUUUUUACAUCGGAGGUCGACAGUUUAUUUCGUUGAGCGACCUUGUCGGCUAUUACACAUCGUGCAGUGAUUUACUGAAACGAGAAAGGUUGGUUAUACCUGUAGCACCACCAGAACCAGUCAAUGACAAAAAGCGUGUCGUCGCCAUUUUGCCUUACACAAAAAUGCCAGAGACCGAUGAACUGAGCUUCCAAAAAGGUGAUAUUUUUUUUGUACACAAUGACAUGGGCGAUGGAUGGUUAUGGGUCACCGCUCAUCGCACUGGAGAGCAGGGAAUGAUUUUUCGAGAACUUGUAGAUGAUUUGGAUGUUUCAAUCGAUCCAAAUACAGUGUUUCCCUGGUUUCACCCAAAUUGUACAAAAAACGAAGCAGUGGACAUGUUGGUUAAAGCUGGACCAGGAAGUUUUUUAGUUCGUCCCAGUGAUAAUUCUCCAGGCGAUUACUCGCUUUUUUUUCAUAUCAAUAACCAAAUUCAAAGAUUUCGUAUUGAGAAAAAAGGUGUGCGAUAUUUAAUGGGUGGACGUACUUUUGAAUGCUUGGAUGCAGUAAUAAACAGAUAUCGUAAGGAACAAAUUGUGGAAGGCCACUCACUGAACCAUCCUGUUGUCAACGGUGUACAGCCUGAGUUCAAUCAACAGUAUGUAGUUGAAAAAGCCGCUGAAAAAAUUUAUGCAACACUACGUGAGUGCCGUGAUCAAAUUGGCUUAAAGAAAAUAAAAGGAAUCAAACACCAUGGGCAUUUAAACAAGAAAUCUGAUAAAACUGCAAAAUGGAAACAACUUUACUUUGCUCUUAUCAAUGAUGGAUCUGAGACUCAACUUUGUUUUUAUGAUAAUCCCAAAAAAACAAAACCGAAAGGUCUGAUUGAUUUGUCGUGUGCAUAUCUGUAUCAGUGCCACGAUUCUCUAUGGGAGCGUCCCUUUUGCUUUCAAAUUGUAGAGAGAGCACUACCUUGCCUGGCUACAGUAACUUAUCUUUGCUCUCCUAGCCAGGAGAGUUACGUAGAAUGGAUAAACGCACUGAAAGCACAAUGUGAUUCACAACUUAGUCGUGCUCAAAAAAAGGUUUCUCGUCUUCGAGAAUUGCGUUGUCUGAAUUUACACGUACUUGAAGCACAUCGUUUACCAUUUAAAUUAGUACCACAUCCUUACUGCAGCAUUUCUCUUAAUCAGGUUAAAGUGGGCAAAACGCGCGUCAAAAUAGCUCCAGAGCCUGUUUGGGAAGAGGAGUUCAUACUUGACGAUGUUCCCCCUGAUGUCGUAUCCCUAACUAUAACUCUUAUAUCACGAGGAAAGCGUGGAAAAGAUUCAGAGGUGGCUGAGCUAACAAUCGACUUAGCCAGUCUUAAGAAUGGUCAGGAGACUGAGGGCUGGUAUCAACUCACUGGAAUGACGCCAAUGGGUGAGUGGGGAUCCUUACGUUUAAGAUUACGAUACCUCGACGAUCUUAUAAUGCCUUGCGAAGAGUACAGCCCACUUCAGCAACUGCUUCUGGAAUCAGAGCUUUAUGCAGUAAAAGCCUUAGCUGAGUUAUGUCACAAUGAUCGUGUACCACUAGCGACGGCAUUAUUGCGAGUUUUCCGUCACGAAAAACGAGAAACCGAGCUUAUUCGGACGUUGUGUCAAGCAGAGGUAUCACGUGAAAAUGAAACUACAACGCUAUUUCGUGGGGCAUCUUUGGCUACCACAUUAAUGGAUCUGUAUAUGCGAGCAGAAUGCGUUGGAUUUUUACAAUCUGCCGUAAGCGAAACGGUGCAGCGAAUUUUAGACAGUAAGCAGUCAGCCGAACUUAAUCCUACAAAGAUGGAUGUAAACGAUGACGCUUGCACAAAUGCGGAAUUUCUUUUGCAAAUUCUUGAUCUUGUAACGCAGUCAAUAUUUACUUCACCAGAUGCUUGCCCGCGAAAUGUGCGCUAUAUUUGUAACUGCCUUCAGAAAGCUGUAAUGGCUAAAUGGCCAACAGAACGUUUGGUCCGUACCCGUGUUGUAUCUGGAUUUAUUUUUUUGCGUCUAUUGUGUCCAGCAUUGCUAAAUCCGCGACAGUUUGGUUUAGUUGGUGAAAAUCCACCUAUGGCUGCCACCCGUUCAUUAAUUAUGGUUGCAAAGUGUCUACAAAAUUUAGCUAAUUUAAUAGAAUUUGGAGGAAAGGAACAAUAUAUGGAGGUUGUAAAUCCUUUCAUACUUAAAAAUAAAGAGCGUAUGAUUGUUUUCUUAGAUCAGCUAUCGUUGGUAACAGAUCCUAAUCCAUCGCUUGGAAUAUAUAUGGACCAAAGUUUAAGCCUUAAUUUACAAGAUACCGGGCGUGAACUGGCUACAUUACAUCAUAUCUGCGUAUCCCACUUACAAGAGCUGCAGGAAUUAUCAAAUAUACUUUCAAUCAAGAAACUCGUAACAGUCACAGACAUGUUGUCAAAGCAUAAAAUAAAGUACCGCGAGAUGAUCAGCUAAAGUUUUUGUAUUCCAAAAUAAACUAUUGAAUGUCAUAGUAGUAAACAAUAAAUAUAUGUCGAUUUA